AUGCUGACCUUCGCCCUUGCACUCAGUGUUCUACCACUCAUUCACUCUGCUUCUGUAUCCUCCUCAGCCGCCCAGACGUUCCUCGGUGUCGGAGGCUCAGGCGCCUGGUGGCCUAUGGACCUGUAUCACUUCCCCGAAGCGACACGUCAGAACCUUUCGGACCUCCUCUUCUCCCAGGAUGGGCUGGGAAUCUCAAGCUACCGAUGGAACGUCGGGAGCGGGGGCGUCAAUGUAUCGAACCCCGUCCGCGCCCCCGAGACAUUCUACGUUAGCCCGGGAGUGUACAACUGGUCUGCAGACGCUCAGGGUGUCUAUUUCUUGACUGAGGCGUCAAAGCGGGGUGUGCCGGGCCUGACGAUGUUUGCGAACAGUGCACCUGCGCCCUUGACGUCGGGUGGGACGAGCUGUAAUAGUCAUUUCGUUAACGGUACCGGAGCAGCGUAUGGGACUUUCCUGGCUGAUGUGGCUUUGCAUUUCAUUCAGAGGGGCAUUGGCAUCAACCAUAUUUCUCCAAUGAAUGAGCCCGAUAACAACUUCGGACCGUCUCCGUGCGGGCAGGAAGGAAUGCAGGUCUUUCCGAAUCAGCGCGCAGAAGUCGUCGAAGGACUUUACGACGCUCUCAGUUCCAGGGGUUUGGCCUCGUCAGUCGGUGUCCUCGCCGAUGAGUCUUCCAGUCUUAGCCUUGCUACGAGCGAAUAUGGGUCCUGGCUCCCUCAGGUCAUCGACAAGGUCGCCGCUCUGGUACACCAUACCUAUGACUUCCCUUCUGACCCUAGCUACCGCUCAUAUAUCAGUACCACCAGCACCCUCUACCCCGGUAAAGCUACAUGGAUGUCUGAAAUCUGUUGUUCACUUGGCCAAGCCGAUGGCACUGGAAGAGGCUGGUCAGAGGGAUAUGAUCCCACGAUUAAUAACGCGCUCAUGUUUUCUGGAUUGAUGUUCCAGAGCUUCAUUGUAGCUCAAGAACCGCAUUACGAUUUUUGGACCUUGGUAUCAAAUCAACUAGGUUGCUCUCCCACUGAGGACCCUAGUUGUGUAUUCGAAUCCAAUUCAGAUGGAUGGACCGACGGUGUCAUAUACUACGACGGCUCAUACGCAUCCAACGGAAAUCAUGACCUCUAUAUCUCGAAGCAUUUCUGGACGUUGAAACAUUUCGGAAACUUUGUGAAACCUGGUAGCGAGCGCCGUCCGAUUGACAACGAUGCCAGUCUGAACUCGAUGGCGGUGUCUACAGCGAGCACAUAUUAUGUCCUCGCCAUGAACCCGACUACCGCCGGCAGCACGAUGAAUUUGACGUUUCCCGACGCGGUAUGCGCUAGGACGGCAUGGCGCACAUCUGCCAGCGAGGACUUUGUUGAGGUGGACGGUGCAGAAACGCAGAAUGGCGAAGAAUGGAUCUUGCUCUUGACUGCAAUUAGUUUGACGACCUAUAUCUUUGAUAAGAGUGCGUGUUGAGUAGUAGGGGGUCCAGUAAUGGAACAAUCUGACAUAGGUAACGGUCGUAAUUAACUAAAGGAGUUUAUGGCGGAAGUCCUUUGGCGUAAGGUCCAUUUUAUAUAUAAGACUGAAUAUUGAAGACCAGCUACAAUAAGUCAAGCACCAUAAACCCAUUACUUAGGUAGCUCAAACCGCUCGGGGGCAAGACCCGGCGCACAAUACAGUGUAACUGCCAGGACCUCCGGCAGUGCAACCAGCGGGUACCAGAAAUGCUCAUUGGCAGCCGUCUUGGUAUUAUCGAUCGUGGCCAUCAAGAAAAUCUCGCGCACUAGGAGGAGAAACGAGAUGGCACAAAGAAUGAAGGACCCAUGCUUCUCUCCAAAGGAUUUAGUAUGUAUCGUAUGGUAUUC